GUUGCCAUCUGCUGUUAAUUCCGCGGUCAUUGGAUUAGUAACCAGCGGUGAUGAGAUCAGCGGGAUCGACUUUCGCGAGGGGGCACGGCGCUCGCCGCGCUCCCCAGCUGUGCCGGCUCUCGCAUGAGGCGGCGGCGGGCGGCCCAGGGGGAGGCAGCGCGCACAAAGCCCGGUAGCCGCCGCAGGCCGCCGCCCCCGGGCAGGGCUCCCGGGCGGCCCGGCCGCCCCGAGCCCGCAGCCGCCCGCGGUCCCCCGGGCGCGGCGCCCGCCUCGCUCCGAGCCGCGGCUCCCCCGGCCGCCCCCGGCCCCUGUCGCCUCCCCGGGGCAGCCGCAGGCAGCCGGCGGCGGGAGCAGCCUCUGCUGGGCGGGGAGCGCGGGCUCCGAGCGCGGCGAGCUCGGCCACGGCGGCUCCCGAGUUUGUUUACUUGUGCUCCGCGCCUCGUCCCCGGGGUCCGCUCUCUGCCGGCAUAGCGGAUCGGCGGCGGUGCCGUGCUGGGCGUUUAUGGAGCCUUUUUUACUCUGAAAACAUUGCUGCUAAAAAACUCCAAAGGGGAGGAGUAAAUCCAGUCAGCUUGUCAGGCCACUGGCUCAGUGUAACGGUGCUUUCAUGAGGUGACGUCGGGCCAAAGUCAACUUCUCUUUCUCCUUUGUAAACCUGCAGCCAAGCAAUGGGCCAGAAAAUCUCAGGGAGCAUAAAGUCUGUGGAUGUGAGGGAGCCCCCUUAUAGACCCGUGAAACGAGAGCUGAGAGGCCCGGAUUUCUGCAAGCCUGCACGCCUGGACAUGCUGUUGGACAUGCCCCCCGCCAAGCUGGAGGUGCAGUACAAACACGCCUGGAAUAACGAAGAUCGCUCGUUAAAUAUAUUUGUAAAGGAGGAUGACAAACUGACUUUCCACAGGCACCCGGUGGCCCAAAGCACAGAUUGCAUCCGGGGCAAGGUGGGCUACACGCGGGGCCUGCACGUGUGGCAGAUCCACUGGCCCACGAGGCAGCGGGGGACUCACGCCGUGGUGGGCGUCUCCACGGCCGACGCGCCGCUGCACUCGGUGGGCUACACAUCCUUGGUUGGUAGCAAUAGUGAAUCCUGGGGCUGGGAUCUGGGGCGCAACAAACUCUACCACAACUGUAAAAACCAGCCUGGGGUCACGUACCCCGUGUUUUUGGAACCAGAUGAGUCUUUUGUACUCCCGGACUCCUUACUGGUGGUUUUGGACAUGGAUGAAGGGACGCUUAGCUUCAUGGUCGACGGACAGUAUCUUGGAGUGGCCUUCAGGGGACUGAAAGGGAAAAAACUUUACCCCAUAGUCAGUGCAGUUUGGGGGCACUGUGAAAUUACAAUGAGAUACAUCAAUGGACUUGACCCGGAACCCCUGCCUUUAAUGGACUUGUGCCGAAGAUCAAUUCGUUUUGCUCUUGGCAGAGACCGCCUGCAUGACAUAGAAAUUCUACCUUUGCCUCUGUCUCUGAAAAAUUAUUUACAGUACCAAUAAGACAUCUAGAACCCUUUGGCCUCACAUGGGACUUCAUCAAUGCAAAUGGCAGAAAAUUGUUUACAGCAAAAUAUAAAUCUUUGUGAUGGACACUUAAGCGUUAUUUAAUUUUUAAUGUAUAUUUUUUUUUCUGAACCAGUGAAAGCAGAUCACUGUGGGGGACUACUAAAGAAUGUGAAAACAUUAAUUUGAUUGAGGUUCAUGUGUUACCUGUUGCCUGUUGUGUUUACAGUCCUGAAGGCUAUAAUUCUCAUCUCCCAUACAUCGAUUGGUUUAUCUUUGUUGCCUCUGGUAAAUGCCAAUAGAAAAUCUGACCUGCAUGAUUCACUGUCAUGCAGACAGAGCAUUUUUCAAUAUUAUUAUUUUCAUUUUUCUUUCUCUCUCCUACACUUUACUCCAAUAAAUAAAAAUAAAUUAUCAAGGGAAAAGCCUUGACAAUAACGUUUGAAAAAUAUUUAAGCCUUGGUAUGCCGAGUUGUUGAGAGUGCUGCAUGUUCAGUGCUCAACAUAAUUAGGCCUAUAAUAUCUAAAAGCUCUAAUGAUCACAAAAAGCAGAUUAUUGCCUAGAAGAAAAGAAUGUGGUUUAAAAACAUGAGAGAAAACAACUGGUUUAUGUGUCAGAUCAGUUUCUGGACUUGGUAACAGUAAGGUGCAGUUCAUUGUUUUCAAGACCAAAUCUAGUCCCUCCAAAGUUCUGCAGUUUAUGACAAAGUGCUCAUUGUCCCAAGAAUUUAGGAUAUUCAUAUUUUAGGAAGCUUGUCACUUUCUCUUUUUUUUUUUUUUUUUAACAAAUUUAUAAUUUUUAUGUGGUAUGAACUCUAAGUACUUUGUUUUCUUUUUAAUGUAUGUGUGGUUAUAAUGUUUAUUUAUCUGUUUAGCGUCUGGAGUCCUCAUUUAACUGUGUCCCAUCUUGGGGUGACUGAUUCUGUUCUUUUCCCCAGCUCCAUCUGAAAUGUAUCAGUUUUUCAGGCUCAUCCCUUUUUUAAGAUGCUGCUUUCUGUUUGCGUUUCUUUCAUGUUUCAAGUUAUCUGCCUGAAUCAGUUAUCUAGUUUCUAAACUGGAAGUUGUUGUUACGGCAGAAUGUCAAAUGUUUAGACUGAGCUGCCUUCAGCAUAUUUUAAUGUGAAUUUACUGAUGAAUGAGGAGAAAAUUUCUAAUAAAGUCUACUGUCCAAAGUAAAACUCCCAUCUCCUUUGAUGAAGUGUUAAACCUGCUCAUAGCCCAGAGCUGAAGUUCAGUAGUUCAGUUCCUUGUGCAGCUUUGCAAAUGUUUGUGUUUGGUUCUUCUGUGGGAUUGCUGCUCUGGGCUCCUGUGUGAGACACAGCAGGCAGUGGCCUGUCCCAUUCUUGAUUUAUCCCAUUCACCCCGAGUAUGGCCAUGCCCUUCUUUCAACACCCUUGUGGUCAGAUUCCUCUGAACAAAACCUCACUUCUGUGCCACGCUGCGCUUUGGGGCUUGGUGCUUUUGAGGCAGGUUGCAGAUUGCUGUGCACUGAGGAUCCGGGCAAAAGCACCGACCCACAGGAGGCUGCCCUGCUCUCAUCGCCCCCGGGAACAGAAUUACAGGUCCAGCUGGAACAGAGACAUGUGAGGUACAACAACACAAGCAAGAGUGGAAGCAACAAGGGCAAGGUAACACAGGGAUGUCAGAAGUUAAAUAACUAAUAUUUGAUUGUCUGGGCUUGACUGUAAGCUUCAGCAUGGAAUUAUUUUGGACUUGCUUUCACUUAAGGUGAGAGGUACAUACUGCAUUCCUUCCCUAAUCCAUUUCCUACCUUUCCCACUUUAUUUUAUGUAAACCUUUUGUCUCAGUAGGUACAUUGGAAGAAGGAGCUAUAAAAGUACAAUAGCUCACACAAAAGGCAGAGCA